AUGCUGCCGUCCUGGGCAACGGGUGCUGCUGCCGGGAUGGUCUCCUUGCACCUCAUCCAGAAACUCCUCUUCCCCUACUUCUGGGCUGACCUGAGGUACCUACUGAAAGUAUUGAUGUACGGGCUGCGAGUGGAGAUGUACAGGCUGCAAGGGAGGAUUGUCACCGUCCUGGACAAGUUUGUGAAGCUGGCUGAGAAGCAGCCCCACAAGCCAUUCCUCAUCUACGAUGGGAAGGUGCAUACCUACCGAGACGUGGACAGAAGGAGCAACAGGGUGGCGCAGGUCUUCCUACACCACAGGGCUCUGAAGAAGGGCGACACGGUGGCCUUGCUGAUGGGCAACGAGCCGGACUUCAUCCAUGUGUGGUUCGGGCUGGCCAAGCUGGGCUGCGUGGUGGCUUUCCUCAACUUCAACGUCCGCUCCAGAUCCCUCCUGCACUGUGUCAGUAGCUGUCAGCCCAAGAUACUGGUUGUGGGAGCAGAUUUGCUUGGAACACUGGAAGAAAUUCUUCCUAACCUCCAAAAAGACAUUAGUGUUUGGAUAAUGACCAAAGUCUCCACUUUUCCAAGUGUGCGUACCCUUUUAGACAAAAUAGAGGCUGCAUCUGAAGACCCGGUUCCAGUUAAUCGAUGCUCUACCAACAACCUCAAGUCAUCUGUUUUAUAUAUAUUUACUUCAGGAACAACAGGUCUUCCAAAGGCUGCGGUCAUCAGUCACAUGCAGGUUCUUAAAGGAGCUUCUGGACUGUGGGCUUUUGGUGCUACUGCAGAAGACAUAAUUUAUAUUACUCUGCCACUUUAUCACAGUGCAGCAUCUCUUCUUGGCAUCGGUGGAUGCAUUGAAUUGGGUGCAACAUGUGUGUUAAAAAAGAAGUUCUCAGCUAGUCAGUUUUGGAGUGACUGCAAAAAGUACAAUGUGACUGUCAUCCAGUACAUAGGAGAACUUUGCCGUUACCUUUGCAGCCAGCCAGUGAAGGAAGGAGAAAAAAAUCACAAAGUCCGACUAGCAGUUGGAAAUGGAUUAAGAAAUGAUGUAUGGAGAGAAUUUUUAGACAGAUUUGGUGCUGUUAAGAUCUGUGAGUUUUAUGGAGCUACUGAAGCAAACAUUUGUUUCAUGAACCACACAGGAAAAAUUGGAUCUGUUGGACGCACCAAUUUCUUUUAUAAGCUUUUUUUCCCAUUUGAUUUAAUCAAGUACAAUUUCCGAAAAGAUGAACCAAUUAGAAAUAAGCAUGGUUGGUGUGAAAAAGUUAAGAAAGGUGAGGCUGGUCUUCUCAUUUCCAAGGUCAAUGCAAAGAACCCCUUCUUUGGUUACGCUGGCAAUAAGAGACACACAGAAAAAAAAUUACUCUGUGACGUAUUUAAGAAGGGAGAUAUUUAUUUUAAUACUGGAGAUCUAAUGGUUCAAGACGAUGAGAAUUUUCUUUAUUUUUGGGACAGGAUUGGAGAUACCUUCAGGUGGAAAGGGGAGAAUGUUGCAACUACAGAAGUUUCUGAUGUGAUUGUAAUGUUGGACUUCAUACAAGAAGCAAACGUGUAUGGUGUAUCUGUGCCAGGUAAAAGACCUUUAGCCAAAAAAACCUCUCUUAUUUUAAAGCAGAAUACAUCUCUAGAUUUGGAGCAAAUGCAUAAGCAAGUAGUGAGCCAUCUACCAAGUUAUGCUCGUCCUCUUUUUUUAAGAGUCCAGGAAAAAAUGGAAAUGACUGGAACAUUCAAACAACAAAAAUUUCGACUCAUGGAUGAAGGUUUUAAUCCAUCCACAAUUACUGAUCCUCUUUAUUUUUUAGAUAAUUCUAAGAAAGCAUAUGUCUUGUUAACCAAAGAUAUACAUGAGAUGAUCUUAUCUAGGAAAAUUAAACUUUAA